CACAUACUUCAGCAAGCUUCCAUGGGGGUUGUGAAAAAAGUUUGAUCCAGAAUUGGGUUCCAGCCUCCUGUAGCUGCAAACCUUGGUGGCCACACCACCUCCUUACAAAGCAGCCAGAACCUGGGGCAGAGGGUGGAGAGAUUUUUAAAAAUUUGCUGGACAUGAAAUGGAUUUAGAGCUCUUUCUUAUUUCUAGUGGAAGACAUGUCCACCUCCUGAUUAUUUUUGGAGCAUGAGAGCAUCUAAAAGGUUUUUCAUCUCUCUCUUCCCCCAAAAGAUCGUGCAAAAACGUACCUUGACUAAUUGAACUCAUUUCAUUGGAUUUUGAUCACAACCCAAUACUUGUUUUUCCAUGUGAAGUCUUGGGGUUUCAAGCGUUCCUUCUGGAGAAUGCCUUUUGAAACAGUUUCCUCUAGCUGCCUGAUGUCAACUGUUUGGUAAUCAGUGGAUAUUAAAAUACUCAAAAUGUACAGACAGUGGGCAGUGGUGAAUAUUUUCACAGUGUCUUAUCUGCAGUUGGUGCAGGGCUCCAGUUAUGAACAUGGACCAGUGAAGCGGGCCUCUCUGUCAAUGUUAGAGCGAUCUGAGCAGCAGAUUAGGGCGGCUUCUGGUUUGGAGGAACUGCUGCGAGUCACACACUUUGACAACUGGAAGCUAUGGAAAUGCCGACUGAAGUUCAAAGGUUUUACCAGCACAGACUCUCGCUCAGCCUCCCAUCGGUCCACCAGGUUUGCGGCAACUUUCUAUGACAUUGAAACACUGAAAGUUAUAGAUGAGGAAUGGCAAAGAACCCAGUGCAGCCCCAGAGAGACGUGCGUGGAGGUGGCCAGCGAGCUGGGGAGGAGCACCGACACGUUCUUCAAGCCUCCCUGUGUGAACGUGUUCCGGUGUGGCGGCUGCUGCAACGAGGAGAGCCUCAUCUGUGUGAACACCAGCACCUCGUACGUCUCCAAACAGCUCUUUGAGAUAUCAGUGCCUUUGACAUCAGUACCUGAAUUAGUGCCUAUUAAAGUUGCCAACCACACAGGUUGUAAGUGCUUGCCAACAGCUCCCCGCCAUCCAUACCCCAUUAUCAGAAGAUCCAUCCAGAUCCCGGAAGAAGAUCGCUGUUCCCAUUCCAAGAAACUCUGUCCUGUUGACAUGCUCUGGGAUAACAACAAAUGCAAAUGUGUUUUACAGGAGGAGAAUCCACUCAGUGGAAUGGAAGACCACUCUCAUGUCCAGGAACUGGCUCUCUGCGGGCCGCACAUGAAGUUUGACGAAGACCUUUGUGAGUGCAUCUGUAAGACGCCCUGCCCCGAAGACCUCAUCCAGCACCCAGAAAACUGCAGUUGCAUUGAGUGCCAAGAAAGUCUGGAGAGCUGCUGCCAGAAGCACAAGAUAUUUCACCCAGACACCUGCAGCUGUGAGGACAGAUGUCCCUUUCAGGCCAGGCUAUGUGCAAAUGGGAAACCAGCCUGUGCAAAGCAUUGCCGCUUUCCAAAGGAGAAAAGGGCUGCCCGUGGGCGUCAUGGUCAAGGAAAUCCUUGAUUCAACUUUGUUCUCAAGUCCCCCAUGCCUGUCAUUUUAAACAGCAUGCUUCUCUGCCAAGUUGCUGCGACUGUUUUUUCCCAGGUGUUGGAGGAAAAAAUCUGUUUUAUUUAGUACCACAGUGAAUCCAGAUCAACCUUCCAUUAAGCUGAGGACGCCCUGGCUCACUGACAGAUGUCUUCUAACUGAAGCUGCCUCUGCACCCCAAGGAAUGGAGAGGAUGGAACCGGAGUGAUCCCUUUUCGUUUGCUGAAUGAAAAAGGUGCCAUGUGAUCAAUUCCUCAGAAAGAGGAGGCAAUUUGCAUAGUCUCCUGGUCCUUUGCUAAUUGCAACUGUCUUCUGAGUUAUUCUGACUCUUUCUUAUGCAGAUUUGAUUUGUAUGAUGAGCACUGAUUUUCUGAUUACUGUCCAGCUUGUAGUUUUGAGUUGACUGAACUACUGUGUGUUUCAUAUUUAAAUGUACAUAAAGAAAAUAAACACCAUUA